AUGUUUCGUCGUGGUCCUUGCGGCGGGGCAGCACUGCUGUUGUUGCCCCAACGAAAGCCACAGGCUGAAAAGAGGGAACCAUGGGAGUAUAUUCCCACACCGGAGCAUAAGAACCUUGUGCUUCUUCUUUACCGUAAUAUUUUGAAGGGUCUAAUGAACUUUAAAAGUAUUCGGCGACGCAGUAUGAUUGCGUACUGCCGAUUUGCCUUUAGACGUCGGGCAAUGGCGACGGAGAAGUUGUUGAUUGACGAAUGCAUUGAGGAAGCCCGGCGUGCCGUUUAUGUACUUGGGAAGCACCAUAAUUUUACAAUCACACGCAGCUACGAGUUUGACAACAUGGGGAUUCCAAAGGACACGGGGCAGGAUGUGCAAAGGUACAUGGAGGAAGUAUAUGAUCCUGAGCUGAGUCGACAGCAAUUUCAACACUUUCAAGAUGUUCAGCCUGGAAAAGAGUAUCUACACCAGCAACGUGGAAUAGGACCGACAAGUGGCAAACAUCACUGGAAGGGACAGACAAGCUCAACAGAGUACAAGGUGGAAAUACGCGAAGAAGAUAAAGUGCUGCGGCCACCACCACCGCCAUCAAUGGAAUAA